AUGAUACUUAUUUCUAUUUUAGGUUUCUUUGUGUGGGCGCAUCACAUGUUUGUAGUUGGGAUGGAUGUAGACUCCAGGGCUUACUUUGGAAGUGUUACAGUUUUGAUAGGUUUACCCACAUGUAUUAAAUUAUUUAAUUGGAUUUAUAGUUUUUUGUAUACUGAUUUGUGCAUUACUUUUGAGAUUUAUUUUGUUUAUAUGUUUAUCUUUAUGUUUUUAUUUGGUGGUUUAACUGGCCUCUUCUUGUCUAAUGUUGGUCUUGAUAUUAUGCUUCACGAUACUUACUUUGUUGUUGCACAUUUUCAUUAUGUUUUAUCAUUGGGUGCAGUUGUUGGUUUCUUUGGUGGUUUUGUUCAUUUUUUGAUGAAGUGA